UCGACGUUAGUCGCACCCUGCGCGACUGAGAGUACGGACCAAUCGACCGCCCAAAGUUAGUGAGCUACAUACGUACGACACAAAUUGUGUAUCAUAACAAGUUGAGAUAGAAAUAUUUUCUUAGUAACUACUCGUUACUAGUAGUUGAAGACGAGGACGAUUGUGACAUCUAUAAUCUGUCAUUCUACGGUGACCCUCGAGUUUUUAAAACUGUUUGAAUUCUUUACAUAUAAAUUCAAUUUUGCUGACGUCGUACAAAUUACAAGAUGAAGCAUUUAACGAUGGAAAUGGUGACGGUGAUUUUGCUUUCGGCAACGAUUGCAGUUGAUGCGGGGACGCGGCCGAGCUUUGUCUCUGAUGACAUGAUAGCGAAGGCGUCUAGUGUCGUGAACGCUUGUCAAACACAGACAGGAGUGACUACCACUGACAUCGAAGCUGUAAGAAAUGGACAGUGGCUGGAAGGCAGGCCUUUAAUGUGUUACAUGUACUGCCUUUGGGAGCAGUUUGGCUUGGUGGAUGACAAACGAGAACUCAGCUUGAACGGAAUGCUAACUUUUUUCCAACGAAUGCCAGCGUAUCGGGCAGAAGUUCAAAGAGCUAUCCGCGAGUGCAAGAGGAUCGGUAAAUACUUUGCCGGUGGUGACAAUUGUCAGUAUGCCUACACAUUCAACAAAUGCUAUGCGGAAAGAUCUCCAAGGACAUAUUACCUUUUCUGAGAUGGCACCGGUAAAUUGAAGAGACUGCGCAUGAGAUGAAGUUCGCCGAAUCCUAUUGAGAUUGAUGUUUUAAUAUACAUAUAAAAUUAUUAAAAACUUAUGAUAAGAAUGUUGUAACAAAUUUGAAACUAUUGAUAUGAUCGAUGUACUAAGUAGAACAUUUUACAGGAGAGCACCUGAUUUUAUUUCUAUGUAAGGCCACUCAGCACUAUGUAUUGCAAACUUCGGAUCUCCGAGUAUUAUGGAAGUCAGAGUAGUUUAAACGGUAUAGAGUUUGCUCUGUAAUAAUUUUUGAAGCAAGUAACGUCUACGUAGAAAAUAGAAAGAACUAUUUUAGUGUUCUGUCACCCUUGUUCUCUACUGGUUACUGCCCCGUGUUACUGUGUAACUCGAUGAGCAGAUUUUUUGGACUUUAUCGAGUAACCAUACCCUAAGGGCAACAUUUCUUGCCGCUUCAGCAGGCCAAGUGGACUAAGUGUUCAUCGUCAAUUUUUCCUUCGCAGUGUUCGUCGGUAAGCAAAGACGUUGCUGUGGUGUCCGGUUGAUAAUAGGAGAUUCUCCAUCUUUUCGGUACACAUGAAAAAACGGGCAGAACAUACCCAUGUAAAAAUGGCGCGCAACUUUCGAAAUUUUGCAAUCAUGUGGUACAAAAUAAUAACUCCUUAAUUGACUCAAUUGUUCCGUUAUUACUAUUGAUGUCUCGUUUAUUGUUUUCGAGAAAGAUUAGUUAAAACUGAAUAUCCUUUUUUAGAAGUCGAAUAGCGUCAUAUUUGUAAAUAUAGGUUUAAAACUUCAAAAUAAAUUAUAAAAAGAUA